GCACAAAAACAAAAACACAUCAGUUUCAUUAAAACAAACAAAACGUAACGAAAUAUACAAAUAUUAAAACAAUAUGACUUCGCCACCGGAAAGCCCCAUCGAAGAGGUUGUCUUCGAAUUGGAACACACCCGAGUGCCUAAGCCAAUAAACGUAACGAUAGAAGAUUUGUAUCGCGAGACGAAAUUCUCAAAGCAGGAAAUACGAAUUAUGUAUCGUGGAUUUAAAACGGAAUGUCCCGAAGGCGUUGUACAUGAGGAAUGCUUCAAAGAAAUUUACGCCAAGUUCUUUCCACAUGGCAACUCCAGUUUAUACGCUCAUCAUGUGUUCAGGACAUUCGAUAUAAACAGUACUGGGUCUGUGAACUUUCGGGACUUUCUUAAUAUCCUCUCGACACUGUUGCGCGGUACAGUGUACGACAAAGUUAAGUGGACUUUCAAAUUGUACGAUGUGAAUGCUGAUGGUCGAAUAACACGCGGUGAAAUGAGCGAUUUAUUUCAUUCGAUACACGAGCUAAUGGGACGACGGCCGCACCAACCUGAUGAGGACCGAAAAGCCAAAGAACAGUUGGAACGUACCUUCCGUUCAUUCGAUCCACACAAUGUCGGCUACAUUAAUUUCGAAAUGUGGAUGAAGGGUUUGCUGACCAACCGAACCAUAGUGAACUCUUUUCAUGUCUUUCACUCGGAUCCCUGAUGGUCGGAGAGUGACUUCGAGAGUAUUUUGAAUAAUCAAGAAGUUAUAUCGCUUAUAGAUCUCUGAGAAAGUAAAACUAAUAAUGACAGGAAUGCACGAAAAUCCAGCGUUAAUCCUCAGACGAGUAAGCCUUUGAACAAAAACAAGAAAACGUAAAAUUACGCGAAAAUUUGCAACUUGUAAAAAUGAAAUUGAGUUGAGUGAAAAAGGGAAGAGCGUGGAUGCAAGGUAACAAGCCGUAUGAAGUGGUGUAUACAAGCAGCAUUUAGUACUGGAUAUGCGUCUGAGAAUUUCAUCCUGC